CAGCCAUCACCAGCAGUCCGCACCCUGACUUACUACUGCACUGUUAAACAUGAAGCUGCUUUUGGUCACCGUGAGUGCUGCUGCCCUCCUGUUGGGCUCCUGUAGAGGAGACGGAGGCCACCAUGGAGGUGGCUCUUCAGGUGGACUCGGCACUUUCUCCAGUGGUGGAAGAAUUGGAGGAGUUUCCGGUGGAGGAAUCUCCAGUGGAGGCUAUGGAGGAAGUUCAGGUGGAGGAUUUGGGAGCCAGGGUGGUUUAGGCGGCCUCUCUAUCAUCCACACUAGUUUCACCAGCGGAGGUAACGGCGGCAGCUACGGCGGUGGCUCACACGGGGGCUUCUCCAGUGGAGGCAGCAGCUUCGGAGGUGGCUCACACGGAGGAAUAUCUAGUGGAGGGAGCAGCUAUGGCGGUGGCUCACACGGAGGCUUCUCCAGUGGAAGCAGCAGCUUCGGAGGUGGCUCACACGGAGGUUUCUCCAGUGGUGGCAGCAGCUUCGGAGGUGGCUCACACGGAGGAUUAUCUAGUGGAGGUGGCAGCUAUGGCGGUGGCUCACACGGAGGCUUCUCCAGUGGAAGCAGCAGCUUCGGAGGUGGCUCACACGGAGGUUUCUCCAGUGGAGGCAGCAGCUUCGGAGGUGGCUCACACGGAGGAUUAUCUAGUGGAGGUGGCAGCUAUGGCUCCUUCGGCGGCGGUCGUGGAGGAUCCCACGGAGGUCGUGGUGGCGUUUCCUUCGGGAGUCGCGGUGGAUCCUCAUUUGGUGGUGGAAACUUUGGUGGCCGUACAUAUGGCUAAGGAAAAUAAACGAAAUAUACUUAAGAAAGUCAAGCUCUACCAAAACAAAAACGGAAUGGCUACCAAAGUUAUACAAAUACUCUCUCCUUUUCUUUCAUCCUUAGUGAAAUAAUAAAUUUUUCAUCUACAUUA